CUUUUGAUUUAUCAUGCAUACAUGUGGUUCAGAUUUAUCUGCUGCCUGCCAUGCUCUUCUAUUCGUAUUUAGUUUGGUCAGACUUGUGGUUCCUCGACGGCCAUGGCUAUCUAAUCUAUCUCAGCUUCCUCGAUUAGGCGUAGUCAACGUACUAGUGUAAUGGUCCUCACGUUUUCUGUGUUGAGUAAGGUGUGAACAAAAUUUAGGAUAUAUCCCACAGUAAUACUUUGUUUCCAGGUUUUAAUAAUUAGGCAUUUCCUCAUUAUUACUUGAGUUCUUCUUGCGGUGCAUUACCAAAUUUAGAGGUAGGCAAGGAUCUUGUCCUAAUUAUUCGCAAUUUUUCAAGAUUUAGGUGUCCAGGCUUGUGCUAAUUGAUUCUUCUAUUUGGUAUGAUAGCAUAUUUUCCACUUUUGCUGCAAGUGAAAAAUAUGGGGAGAUAUGAGGAUCAUGUCUUGGUAGUGGUUGCUGACUUGCUGUCAUAUUUUGGUAGCAAAUAUUGAUGCCAAAAUGUAUCAAUUUUCAGUGUAGAUGAAUGGUGUUAUAGGGAAAGUUAAUCUGAAUGUUUGCUUGGGAUCCUUGGCUGAAAGGCUGAAACUGGCUCCGAAGCCUUAAAACUCAAUUCGUAUGAAUAAUUGGCAAGAGUAGGAAGGAUUUGGCAAUAACUAGUACACAUUGCGUUAUGUUAGCAAGCACCCUGAGUCUCGGAAUGCCAUUGGCUGUUUGUUUGUUGUUAGGUUCAGAACAACAACACAUAAUGAUGAUCACAUUAGCUUUUUUCAACACUCAAAUCAACUUCAAGGUUAUAAAAUCUUCUUUUACCAUUACAUACAUAUGCACCAUGAUGGUCGAUGUCAUGUUUGUUUGCUCAUGCAUGCACAAAUGGUUAGCAACUUGAUGAUGCUAGCUACUUUAACUUUGGGUCUAUUUAAUUCAUACCAUCAUGUUUGCUUGCUCCUAUUGCAUCAUGGAUUGGAUGGAAUGAAUGGUGUUUCACUUUGUACCUUACCUAAAUCCUACUCUGUAUGACCCCCUAAUUUAUGUAUUGCUCGAUUUGUUGCAGCAGACGCCCUCCAUUGAUGUCCGGGACACCACAUAGCUGGAUCUGAGUAGACCCUGGCCUGGACGACAACAUUGACCAUGAUGAUGCCAUGUGCAAGUUUAAGAGGAAGACCAGGGAGCCCAAGUGGGGGAACGUCACUGUUGAACCGGUUGUCCGUGAAGGAGAUCAUGUCUUUGACAUUGCACAAUCAUUGGCGACCGAGGAAGGCAUGUUGCUGUUUUGUUUGUUCCCAGUUCUGACUAUGGUCGCCCAACGAGUCCGGCAUGUUUUUCAUCUGACUAUGGUCAUCCAGCAAGUUCGGCAUGUUGUGCAUGACAGGAUCUUGUUAUUGCUAUUGAAGGAGCUUGUAGAGCUUGUACAACAGUACUGUACUACACUUGUAGAGCUGGUUACACUUGUAGAGCUUGUUGGUGUGAUUGAUAUUGUAUUACGUGAUCUGGUUGCUCUUAUUUGAAGUAUUAUGUGUGUUUU